AGCAAAAUUAUUCAUUAACGACUUAGCUGACUAAAGAGUAACUUAUAUAUAUUGUUGUUGUUGUUUACUACUGAUCAUCUUAAUUAGUGAUUAACUUAAUUGUUGUACAUUUAACAAUAUGCAUUUCACAGCAGCCAUUUUGGUUUUGUUGCUUCCAUUAGCAUGGGCUCAAUCACGAUCAAGUCAAACAGCUCAACAAUUGUGCCGAAAUAAUCCUAAAGGAGGUUCACUAUUCCCCCAUGAAGAUUAUUGUGAUUACUACUAUGAGUGUGAUUCCGCCACCGGAGAUGCCGUUCUCCAGGCCUGUCCCAAUGGUCUUGCCUUCGCUGGAUCUAAAAGAGGUUUAAUCCAAAACUGUGAUUAUCCUCAUCGAGUUGGAUGUCCAGACGGAACCCGAGUUAUUGGACAACAACCUCAAUCAACCGAAAACUGCCAUUGGCAAUAUGGUGUUUUCCCUCAUGCCACUUCAUGUACUCGAUAUUGGCACUGUUGGAAUGGAACCUCAACAAUCCAACAAUGUCCAUUCUCACUUCUUUAUAACGACGCUCUCCACGCCUGUGACUGGCCUGAUAAUGUUCCUGAUUGUCAGAAACACCCGAUCUGUAAGGAUGUGCCAAAUGGUCCAGUCCCAAUAGAAAAGAGUUGCGUCCGUUAUUGGCUCUGCGUUGGUGGUUACCCACGACUUCAACGAUGUCCCGCUGGACUUGCCGUUAAUCCAACUACCUUGAGAUGUGAAUUAGCAACAACAGUUCCUGGAUGUGAACCUCCACCAACCACACCUCAACCUGAUGAAGAGGAAGAAGCUCCAGCCUCAGGCAAUUCAGGAAACUCAGGUAACUCCAAUUCCGCUCCAAGACAACCCCAAGGGCCACUUCCACCACAAUUUAGACCAAAUCAAUCUGGAGUCAGACAAGUUGGAAAAUAAUAAUUUAAUAGACAAUUAGAUUAUUUAAAUCUGAUCAACAAUCAGAAAUCAACAAUUAAAAUGGUGACAAACAAUAAACAAAAAACUAACAUUGCACAAAUACAUUCACACCACAUUCACACUACAUCAACACACACACACACAUACAUAAAACUAUUUUAAUUUUAAUUAUGAUUAUGUAAUAAUGAGACAAUCAAGAUUACAAUCAAAUGUAAGUCCUGAUUAUUUAGUUAAUUUUUUCCAUCUAAAUUUACAUUUGGCUAAUCUCAAUUAUCUCACUCACUCAUUUUACAUUUAAUUGCAAAAUCGAGUUGAGAUUAUAUUUUUUCACAAUCAAAUUUAACACCAACUACUUUUUUUAAUCAUGUUCCCUAAUCUAAUUUUAUAUCAUGUCCAAUCACGACUUAAACAACAAUUAAAAAAAACAAUAAAAAACAAUAUAAAAAUAAUAUAA